AUGGGGGACAAAUUCCUUGAUAAGGUAGAAAAUAAUGCGGAUGUCCGUAAAUGGUCAGAGAUAACACAAUUAAAGAAGGGAGACAGCCUAGCCAAGGGAUACAAAUAUGAGUUAUGGGAUUAUAUUCACAUUAGCGUGACUCAAAAUAAUCAUCAGGAAUUGAAGGAGAUAUGGGAUCAGUGGGAUGAUGAGGCUAAACAAUUAUUCUACUGCAACUAUGGAGAUCUACCAUACCUACUUAUUAUCAAAAUAGACGAACACUUGUUCCGGGCCCUUGCUCAGUAUUGGAACCCUGCAUAUAGCUGCUUCACGUUUGGGAGGGUGGAUUUAGUACCCACGGUAGAGGAGUAUACGACUUUAUUAAAUUGUUCAAAGGUACAAGUCGAUAAGGCCUAUUCGAGAGCUGCUUAUGUUCCGGCGUUUUCGAAAAAGCUAAUGAAUAUUACUAGAAUGAGCGAACAGUGGGUUACGGUAAGGAUCAAGCAGAAAGGGGAGUGUAAGUGCAUCCCAUGGAAGAAUUUGCGAGAUUUGACCCUAACACAUCUUGAUAUAAAGAAGAAAGUAAACUUCUUCGCCUUGAGCAUCUACGGGUUGAUGCUCUUCCCUAGGGCAUUGGGAUAUGUUGAUGAGGCGGUCACGGAUCUAUUCGACCGACUUGAUAAGGGAGUCACACCAGUUCCUGCAAUUUUAGCUGAGACAUUCAGGUCCUUGAACGCGUGUAGAAGGACCGGCGAGGGCAGAUUUAUAGGGUGUGCACAGUUAUUGUUAAUAUGGUUUCACAGUCAUUUUUGGAAGAUAAACAAAGGUCAUUAUCGAGCUUUCUUUGGGAAUUAUUCCCCAUUAAAGGAGAUAGCAGCUACACCCAGAAGAGAUGACAUAUCGGAAGAAAACUGGAUCGUACUCCUGCGGAAUCUCCAGGGAGAGGACAUUGAGUGGAAAGCACAUUGGUGGAUGCCUAACAAAAUUCUUUUUCGAUGUGGGAGUUUCGAUUGGGUCCCUUUGCUUGGGAUCUGGGGAGCCAUUGGAUAUGCUCCAUUGCUCGUGCUUAGGUAA